AUGCGCUACAACGAGAAGGAGCUGCAGGCGCUCUCCCGGCAGCCGGCCGAGCUGGCGGCCGAGCUCGGCAUGCGGGGCCCCAAGAAAGGCAGCGUGCUGAAGCGGCGAUUGGUGAAGCUGGUGGUCAACUUCCUUUUCUACUUUCGGACGGACGAGGCCGAGCCCGUCGGAGCCCUACUGCUGGAGCACUGCAGAGUCACCCAGGAAGAGCCCAGCGGCUUCUCCAUCAGGACGCCAAGCAGCACCAGAAGUGGCCACGCCAGCUGCACCAGGGCCUGGCUUCCUAACGCGGGCACACGGCCGGCAGAGGAGCGGACGCAAGCCCUCCCCGAACAGGCCUCCCAGAGACCUUCCUCACCCGUUUCCAAGCACGGGCCCUUCCUACACUGCCCUCCGCUGAACCUCCACUGA